CAAAUACACACCACCCCACUAAAGAAGAAUACAGCAAAUCGUCUCUUUCCGCCAUUAAAAACAACAAACAAACACCUUCCUUCCUUCCCAAAAAGCUUCAAACUUUCUCUAAACCCCCAAAUCAGCAAAAAUAGGGUUAAUCGAAGAACCCCACCUUAAUCCAACUGAGGAGGAUUCGAGUUCCUGCUUUGGUUUAAGGAAGAAGAAGAAGAAGAGCAAGUACCAUAAAGAAGAGGAGAAGAAACCUAAGAUGACUCAGAGUCAAACCAACGACGGACCUGUUUCGACGGUUGAAGAAUCAGCAGCUCCUCCUCCUCAGUCUCAGCCUCCUCAGCAGAGCAACGAUAUGGUUCUGCAUACGGGGAGUUUGAGUUUUAGUAGCCAUAUGUCGAGAGAAGACGAAGAGAUGACUCGUUCUGCUCUUUCUGCGUUUAGAGCUAAAGAAGAUGAGAUUGAGAAGAGGAGGAUGGAAGUUCGUGAACGGACCCAAGCUCAGUUGGGUCGGGUCGAACAAGAAACCAAACGUCUCUCUACUAUUCGUGAGGAGCUUGAGUCUAUGGCAGAUCCUAUGAGGAAAGAAGUCUCUGUUGUUCGUAAGAAGAUUGAUAGUGUUAACAAAGAACUCAAACCUUUAGGCUCCACUGUUCAAAAGAAGGAAAGGGAAUACAAAGAAGCACUUGAUACAUUUAACGAGAAGAACAGGGAGAAAGUACAGCUGAUAACCAAACUCAUGGAGAUGGAACAGUUGGUUGGAGAAAGCGAGAAGCUGAGGAUGAUUAAGCUGGAGGAGCUCAGCAAGAGCAUAGAAACCGCAUGAAUGUGUUCAAGAAGAAGAAGAAAGAACUAAUUGGUUCUUUUGUGUGAUGAUGUACCUACCUAGUUUUUAAUUUUCCAUCUUUGUGUUUGUAUGUUUGGGUGCUUUUUUUUAUUGUUAGUCUCUUGGGAGGUUUGAUUUCAUGAUUUGUAAAAUUUGUGGGUUCUCUUAUUUUUGAUUAACCAAAUUUAGGGAUAUGGGAAACAUCGGGUGAUCUUAGGAUACUGAAAAAACUCAUCAUCACACAGUGAAUUUUUUUUUUAUCUGUAUUAUGUUUUGUGUUUGUCUUUUGAAGAAUUCAUUUAUUUUAUUUUA